UUUGCUCAAGUCCCAGGAGACUACAGCAAAAGGGUGUAUCAAGGCGUGAGAGUGAAGCACACAGUCAAAGACCUACUGGCAGAAAAACGAUCCAGGCAGACAAGUAACUCAAGAUUUAAUGGCAGCAUCAGCUCGGCCCAGUCUCCGUUUGGCCCCAUGCCAGGCUCCCCGGUGAUGUCAGGUUACUAUGGUGUCAGGAGAGCCUUCCUAUCCGACUCCGACUUCCACAGCACGAAGCAGUUUGCAAACGACGCCUGCACCCCAAGCGUGGCGAAGCCCUUUGCCUGCGAGUCCUCGGCAGGGCAGGGCCACCCGGCCCUCCUGGACUCCUACUUCCCGGAGCCCUACGGGGACCACCGCCCUGCGGCCCUGACCCCCAACAGCAGCUCCCUGUUCAGCGCCUCGCCCCUGCCACCCCUCCUGCCACCACCCUUCCCCAGCGACCCCACACCCUUGGUGCUGAGGGACUCGUGGGAGCAGUCAGUGCCCGAAGGCCUCAGCCAGCCAGACCCCACACCAGCCGACGCCCUGCAGAGCCUGGCACCCAGCGCGAGCUGCCUCUCCCAGCUAGAGUCAGGGGGGAGCACUGCCCAGCACAGGAGCUCGAGCUGGGGGGCCCCCCUAGCUGGGGUUCAGUCCUACUCACUGCAUGCACUGGAGGAUCUGUACCACACGCAGGGGUACCCCACCCCGUCCCCCUACCCCUUCACCUCUUUCAUGACCAUGUCCAAUGAUCCACCACCCAAAGGGGGGCCCUUCUCCACAGACCAGGGGACAGACACCUCUGCCCUCCCGGACCCUUCUCCAUGGACCAAAGAAGACGGGAGCCUGGCUUGGGGGACCUAUGAGUGCCGCCGAGCUUACUGAGGACACCGGAGGACUUCUGUGCUUCCCUCUCAGUCACUUUCUGUACUCACUGACCCCUGUGGUGUGGUGGCAGCUCUUUCAGAACUGGAUUUUUAGGAUAAGCCAUCGUGCCACCCUCUGUUACUGGAUGAUGGCAUUCAUUUGUGAUCUGCCCACCACAGCCCCACUGAGACACAUGCAAUGUGAAUUCAGGGUACUUACUGGGAACCAUAGUUUAGUCAGACUACCUGACAGUGAGGUGUCUGGGGGAUUUAGUAACCCAUUAUGUUCUGAAUCUUCUGUUAUCUUUGAAGUAUCAUUUUUAGCACUGAUAUUUUUUUCUGAAAUUACAUAUUAAAAAUGU